GCACAGCAAUUUAGUUUUCAAGAGCGAAGUGGCGAAGUCGGUUGCCGUCGCUAACACGUUGUUAUCACAAUUUAGUCAAUUCCAAGUGGCUCAAAGACAAGAAUUUCAAUUUUCUUUAUUAAUUGAUAUUAAUUAACAAAAUGCCUGAGCCUACUGAGAUUGUUAAGCCAUCAUGGGGAGACAUGAUGGAAGACCUUGAUGGAAAUGGGUCUUUACCACCCCCAAGUCAAGAAAUCAAAGGGAACAUUAAAAAGCUUAUUGAGUACCGUUUUAAUGAAGAAGGAAAAAGAGUGAAAGUUACAAGGGUGUACAGUUUAGAAACACUCAAGGUUUCGACAUCGAUAGCAAAGCGAAAGACAUGGAAAAAGUUUGGUUUAGCCCAAAGGGAUAAUCCUCAUGGACCUGAUCAUUCAACAACAUUUGUUGGAGAAGAUGUUUAUCUAUCCUUUACAACAAAUAAAGAAGAAUUAGAUGAAGAUAAAGAUGAUCCGUUAAAGAAGUUAAAGGGAAGUAGUCUUGUGAAGUGCCGUAUCUGCAAAGGGGACCAUUGGACUACAAAAUGUCCUUACAAAGACAGUUUAACACCUCUUAAAGAAAUGGAAGAUAAAGAAAGAGUUAAAGAAAAUGCUGAACCUGUUUCUUUACCAAAUGAAGCAACUGGUAAACCUGCUGGUGCUGAUAAAUAUAUGCCUCCUUCACUACGUACUGGAGGUGAUACACAGAGAAGAGGAGAAACAAUGAAUUCUCGAAAGCAAGCCGAUGAAGCAGCUACUUUAAGAGUGACAAACCUCUCUGAAGACGCCUGUGAAGCGGAUAUUCAAGAGUUGUUCCGCCCAUUUGGCUCAAUAGCUCGAGUUUAUCUUGCAAAAGAUAAAAUCACUAAUCAAUCAAAGGGUUUUGCUUUUGUCAGCUAUAUUAGACGUGAAGAUGCUGCCCGAGCCAUAAAAUCACUUCAAGGAUAUGGAUAUGAUCAUUUAAUAUUGAAUGUUGAAUGGGCAAAGCCAUCAAGUCAUCAAUAGAAGUCCAAAAGAAGCAUUUCAAUUGUACAUUGUGUGAUAACAAAAUUAAAAUAUAUUCAUUAA